AGAGAGAGAAAUGGGGGGAGGAGACAGCGAGUAGUUUCAGACUAGGGAGAGUGGAGGAAGGAAAAAAAGUCGGUGUGAAAGAGAGAAUGGGAAACUGACUGAUAUACUGCGAAUGGCGAGCCUCGGGAGAGCAGAUGACAAACUAACACAAGGAUAAAAUGUUGCGAGAAUCAUCAACUGGGAACAAGAGCGCGCGCGUGUAACAGAGAGACGCUGAGUGCUGCUUUUCUGCCGUGUUGGGAUUGUAUCGAUCGCUCCCGGGACAGAAGGGAAAGCGCUGUUUCGGAACUCCGUUGCACCCCGUCCCGUCGCGCCAGUGGAAGUACUGAGCCGCUUUCCCAAACUCAGCGCUGUCGGUCGGCGGGUUUAGAGGGAUCGUGUAAAGAGGCCAGAACGCGUACAGCGGGAGCAACAAGAGCGCUGAACAUUGGACAAAAGUUUGGCCUUUUGGAGACGGGGGUGCGGGAGAGGCCGAGUCUCGCCACUGCUGAACUGACAACUUAACCCAGCUUGCUGUGUUUUAGGGGCAGAUAACUUUCACCAUGAAAACCCCGGGGGACGCGGGGUUUGCGUUCCCAGACUGGGCCUAUAAGCCCGAGUCCAGUCCUGGCUCCAGACAGAUCCAGCUGUGGCACUUUAUCCUAGAGCUGCUGAGGAAGGAGGAGUAUCAUGAUGUGAUUGCCUGGCAGGGAGAUUACGGGGAGUUUGUGAUCAAAGACCCUGAUGAGGUGGCAAGGCUGUGGGGUGCCCGCAAGUGCAAGCCUCAGAUGAACUAUGACAAACUCAGCAGAGCUCUCAGGUAUUAUUACAACAAGAGAAUUCUACAUAAAACUAAAGGAAAACGCUUCACCUACAAGUUUAAUUUCAACAAGCUGGUCCUGGUCAACUACCCUUUCAUUGACAUGGGGUCUGCAGGAGCGGCUGUACCUCAAAGUGCUCCACCAGUGCCUACAGGUCCCCAUUUCCGUUUCCCUCCCACCACUCCUUCAGACAUGCAGGUGUCAGAGGUGCUGCGGUCCCCCAGCAGCGAGGAACUGCGCAGUCCUGGGAUGUUCAGUGGCCGCCGUAUUGCCCGUGGGUCGGUCUCUGACUGCAGCGAUGGAACUUCUGUCAACUCUGAGAUCGAGGAUGGGAACGGAGGUGCGGCAGAGGAGAGAGUGACGGAAAGAGUGGCUGAGAGAGGAGGAGGAGGUGGCGGUGGUGGCGGCGGCGGCGGUGGUUUCCGAGGUGCCGUCCACCCUCGUCUGUCUCACGAGGCGAUGUUCAGGAUGUACGGUGGACAUGGCGGUCACAGAGGUCAUCGAGUGUCAGAGGUUGGCGGACACAGGGUUCAUCCCGAGCCUCUCUCGCCAUUCACCGUGUCGCCUUUGCCCGGUCCGGGAGGUCCAGGUCUACUGGCGCCACCUCUCUCGCCGGCGCUCUCCAUGACCCCAGGUUCUCACCUGGCCUACACACCCUCCCCUACCCUGUCGCCCAUGCCUGGUUCUAUCUUCUCCUUCAACCCUGAAGACAUGCAGCGCUACCUGCAGGCUCACACUCAGAGUGUCUACAAUUACCACCUGAGCCCUCGUGCCUUCUUUCAUUAUCCAAACAUCAUUGUUCCUCAGCCUCAGCGCCCCGACAAAGGCAUGCCCGGACCCCAGGGCUGUGAACGCGGCCCUGCCGAGAGGCCUUCGGUGCUUAACAGUCAUCACUCCACCCUCCCGCCGCCUCACGCUCACCCUAUUCACCAUCACUUGGGGGAGGAGCAACACCAUUCUCCAUUCAAGUUCAAGCUCCAGCCUCCCCCACUGGGCCGAAAACAGCGUGACAGUCAGGGUCGACAGGGCUCGCUGUCCUCCUCAUCUACAUCCGGACUGGGCUCCUCAUUGUCGUUUGGGAGUGACCUCAGUUCAGCCAGCGGAUCGGGACUAGUGUCCAACUCCUCCUCAACGGGCUCACUAAACAGCGCUGGCUUGCCCAAGAUUAAGGUUGAGCCCAUAUCUGACAUUGAAUCCGAAGAGGAAGUCGAAGUGACUGACAUCAGUGAUGAAGAAGCUGACGAAAGAGAUGAAGAGUUUGACGUUUUCCCCUCUCACUACCACAAACACCGUCAUCAUCACCAUCAACACCAUAACCAUUAUCCUCCCAACCAAAAGCACCAACAGCCCAACGGCACAGAUGCCGCUCUCCACCCAGAUGAGGACUUGGAAGAGGAGGUGUUCAAAGCCCCCGCCCCUCCACCCUUCUUCAUCCCUCCCACCUCAUCCUCAGGUGACAGUCGCCGGAGCGUGAAGAGCGAACCCGUGGAGCCCGCGGACAUGCAGCUGGCCUCCGGCGGCCUGCCGCAAUCCAACUCCCAGUGCAUCCCACUGAAGCUCCGGUUCAAGCGCCGCUGGGACCAAGACCAGCACAUGGAAGAGGCGGAGGACAAGAAAGUCAGAGGAGAAGAGAGGAACGGGACGGUGGAGGAGAGCGGAGAAGCAGAGAGCCCACCUCCUCUCGCUCACCACAGAGUGAGCGCCGAGCUCCACCGAGCCACGGCGCAACUGUCACUGGAGAACAAGGAGUGCUGAUACGCAUCGACACACGUAGACGACUGCUGAUACACAACUCUACAACUGCUGAUGGACCCACUCACACACGUGACUGCUGAUACUGACAACGGUAAUACUGACACGUCCACUGCACACUUAGACUAACUGACCCUCACUUAAUCGAAUCCCGUUUCCCCGCCGAGGGGCUCGCCAGCACACGUUCCAGUACAUCUCAUCGUGACCGCUACGAGGAAUGAGUUCACCCACGUGCCCCAGCGACCCUCAGGAGUCAUGAACUUUGACCUUUGGCACUAGAGAAUAUUUUAUAUUUUUAGAAGAGAAGUUUAUUUUGCAAAGUGCCUGUGAGCUAUCCCUCAAAACCCAACAAAGAGAACAUCAAAGACUGCUCUGGUUUGAGGGACUUGAUCUUCUUCUCCAGCAGCCCAGCAUUAGGAUAUUCCUCAGCGACAGACUGCGAUUUGGUGGGAUACAAAUGCACAGAAAGUCACAAACAGACACUGUUCGAAAACCAGCCUGGUCAGAAGUCCGAACCCUCAGGGACAAAAUCCCUCAACACACACACACACUCAAACACGACCCCUUUCUUAUUCCCUGUAUGAAGCGUGUGCGUCUGAGUGUGUGUGUUUCGAAAAUCUAGCUGUGUGUAAGUUCUCAGGAUAUCUCCCUCUUUUCCUCCUUUCCACCUUUCCUUUUCUCCUUUUCUAUCCAAACCAGCUCACCUUAAAACUCUCGCUCUAUCUUCCGUUCUUUUUUUCCCUCUCUGGGACCAUACCUGAAUCGCUUUCAUUCCGUCUAGGACGAAAUGACUGGGGCGUAAUGCGGUUCAGAGACCACACUCCUAAAACUUAUAAACGGCUAGUUCCUUAGUUGGUUAGUCUUCGACAGUCUACAUUCGGGAGUUUAUAGCAAGCUUCCCUUGUAUAGUCAGUACUUCAGUGUGAACUAAACCAGCAUCCCAGACACACACAAGCUUGUACAGUGAAACUAGACCAACUGGGACUCAAUAUUUAACUAUUUUGGCACUUGAUGAUGUACCCUUUAGAUCAAGUGCCGGUCCUGAUUAACUUUCUACAGCCAUGAGAUCUGAACUGGGGAGGUGAAAUAGCAGUUUCAAUCCGUAAUCCCGAACAUUUACAUACUUAAGCAUAGGAAGAUAGUAGUGGCCAGAAGUCGCUCUCUUGCAUACACACACACAUUCUCACACACUGCCUCUUAUGCCUUGUUUUAAUAGCAUGAAAAGAAGAAAAAAGAACAGUAUACACUCAAUAUACCUUUAUAUAUUAUGUGUUACACAUAUAAACGGAAAGCAUAGCAUUAACAGAUAUAUCAGGGGGUUUUGUAAGCGAUUUUGUUUUGAGAGGAAGAUUGACUCUUCUCUUUGGGUAAGGGAGGAAAGUGUUGCUUUAUCACGUUAAUGAAAGGUGGGGCAGAGGAGCGAAUACUAAAUUGUACACAAGACUCUAACAAAGCACGAGAGCUUUGCACCACGGAUGAUGUGGCACAUUAGGUUCUUUAACCAGCACGCACCUCCUCAACAUCCUGUUCUUACUGCCACAACUGAUGUGUGUGUGUGUGUGUGUGUGUGUGUGUGUGUGUGUGUGAGAGAGUGUGUAUGUGUGUGUGUUUGACAGAGGCUGCAGGUCUCUGUGCAUGUAUGUCACACCACACCCAAGGCUGUAAUUCGUUUGAAACCUUGCAUCAUGAACCUCAUAAACCUGUGCACUAAAGCCCUGUGGAAGUCGAGCACACAAAGGGGUGGCCAGUCGGACACUAGCCAUGAUAUAAUGGUUUCCCAGUGACAGGAAAGAGAUAUAUCACGGCUGUCUCUAACACCUGAAAUAAUACAUUAGACAACAUUGAACUGGCAACGGUGUCACCUGCUCAAAGUUUUGGACUCUUUCUAAGCUGCCUUAUUCCUGUAAUCAGAUCUCCUCCUGCGUUCUUAUUCGACGAGUCAAGUCUUUGUACUUGUUUUACCUCAAAAUUGAACAAAAUUGAGACGGGGUGAGCAGUAUUGACCAGUGCGGUCCGUAAACGUUUGUUUGGGCACAAAGCGAGUGCGUUGUUUUUCUUUAGGAGGGACUUUAUUCUCUUAGGCUGCUCUCGUUGGUUAUCCCAGGAUGUCACGUUUUCUUUUACUUUUUUGCUCGUUUAUCUGCUCUCUGAUGUCAAUGUUGCUGUUCAUCCUAAUUAUUAUUAGUUAUUAUCAUAUUUCGUUGACAUUUUUCUUCUCCUCAUGUUGUAGUCAUGAUAACAUUGUAUACAAUACUGUAAGAGAUCCUUUUAAGAAUGUUUCCCCCACCCCUGCCUUCCCACGAGCAACCCGACAGUGUGUUUAGUGUAACAUUUAAAAUUUUGUAAAUUAACGUUGAACUGUAACUUUAAUAUAGGUGGUUAUUGUGGAGAGAUGUAGGAUGGAGGAAGGGCAUUCGGGGGGAGGAUCGGGCUUAUGAUUUGAACUCGAGUCACGUCAUGUAAUUGUUAUUUUGUAGUGUUACUGAUUUCUUGCUCUUGUAAAUUUUUCAUCUGGGGAUUGUAUGAUUUUAAAAGAUAUAUUGUGUAUUGUUUUAUUGUGUAUAAGUCUCUAUCUCUCUCACUUUCUUUCUCAAGAUUUAUUUCUGUGGUUCCAUAAUUCAUAAUAACAGGUUUUAAUACCAUGAUGUAACAUUUUAAUUCCUCCUUUAUUCAUUUUUUUGUGUUCUUUUUCAGAAUUGUAAUUAAAAUGUAAUCAGGGUCAAUUAAACUGGUUAAAAGCCA